CCGAAGGUCUGGGCUCGGGCCCACACCGUCCCGUCAGUAGAUCUUUCCGUCGUGUGGGAGUCGUGACGCAGAAAUUGCGGGAACUUUCCAGGCGGUGCUGAACCUCUCAGCCUUUGACAAAAAACCACAUAGGGAACUCAAGCCAGCUGCAAAGGAGAAAGCAUGGAGUAUAGGAGCUACUGAGACUGGCAAAAACUGGGGAAUGUUAUUCCGUAAGGAUUGAUUCUAGAACCAAUGAAGUUCCCAAGUGGCUUGGAUGAUUUGCACUGAGGAACUGCACCCCUUUAAACCCAACUGUGACAAAGAUUUUGGUCAUCAGCCCUGUUAUCUCCAGUGAAGUGACUUGUGAUGUUUUGCUAAGGCAUCAAAUAUUAAUGCAACUCAGAUAUGUCAGAAUCAGAUGGUGCAAAUAUCCGUCUAUCAAUCACAAUUGUCUUGAUUGGAAUUGUGAUAUAUAUCAUCUUUUCCUUCAGUGAGGAAUGCUGUAAUGAUAAUUGGAUUUUGCUGGAUGAAAAAGGGUUAAAAAAAGAUCUAACCCAGAAAUUAUUUGGACAGCAUAUAGCAAGUGAUGUGAUCCUGAAAGCUGUUGUUGGUACUUUACGUGGCCCUGUUCCUAAGAAGCCUCUCACACUGUCUCUCCAUGGAACCAGUGGCACUGGCAAAACCUUUGUCAGUCAACUAAUAGCAAAAAACCUUUAUAAAAAUGGAAUGAGUAGCCAAUACGUUCAUGUAUUUGUGUCCACACUGCAUUUCCCUCAUCUGAAACUCAUUCACCAGUAUCAGAAUGACUUGCAAACAUGGAUCCGUGGAAAUGUUACAAUAUGUCCGAGAUCGAUGUUUAUUUUUGAUGAAAUGGACAAAAUGCAUCCAGGGCUUAUCAAUGCUAUCAAACCUUUUUUGGACUACACCACUCAGGUUAACAAUGUGGAUUAUCGACAAGCAAUCUUCAUUUUCUUGAGCAACACAGGUGGCGACAAAAUAAAUGAAUUUACCUUGGGUGUUUUGAUGAACGGAAUGGAAAGGGAGAGCAUUAAGCUGAAUCAACUGGAAGAGGAACUCUCCCUGAUGGUCUUCAACAACGAAAAUAAUGGGUUUUGGCAGACUUGCCUUAUUCAAGCCAACCUGAUUGAUUAUUUCAUUCCCUUUCUUCCCUUGGAAUUUAAACAUGUAAUGAGAUGUGUGAAAGCUGAACUUGAAUCCAGAGGCAUAAUAAACAAUAAUAUUCUCUUCACUAUAACAAGUCAAAUGGAGUACUACCCAAAAGAGGAAAAGGUAUUUUCUAUGAAAGGUUGCAAAACUGUGCCCUCCAAAGUGAACCUUGUUGUAAAUUGAGCAUCUUUUAGAAGGAAGGUUUCAUUUGUCUUUGGUGUGUACAGAACCCCUGGGCCUGGUUGAUUAAGUACGUAGAUUUUUCUGCGAGGAUUAAUUUUUUUCUUUGGAAAUUAUAAUUUGGAAGUACUGAGUUAUUGUCAAAUGCUUCUUUAGUGUUUAACACUUGGUCAUGUCUAUGUUAAAUAGUUAAUGGCUGUGAUAUCUAAUUAAGAAACAAUUUGCAAUUGUUGUUUGAUAUAUGUAAAUGAUUGCUAACAGUGAUUGCAAGUAAGACAGUCAUAGAGUUCAGUGAUGUCAUAAGAUGUUAGAGAAAGGUUCAAGGAAAUUGAUCCACAUUUUCUCAACCCAAGAUCCAACUACUUGAAGUAAUACAUUUUGCUGUUAAAUGUGUUCUAUUUUCUGCCACUUAAGAGUCAUAGUAACCAUUGGUUGUCAGUCAAUUCUCUGCUACUGGUAUAUGAUGGCACCUGUGAGAAAGGGGAUUAGUAACACUGACACUGGAAUUGAUUAAUAGAUCAUUGUUCAUUCAGAAGAAACAGCCUGAUCCAUACUGUAUGAAAGAAUUUUUUUGUGUUUUAUUUUACACUUACAGAGCAGAGGAAUUAGAUCUUUGUGUUAAAAUUUCAAACUGAAACCUGAUUGAAAAUUCUGUGACAGCCAGUAUCUAAUUGAAAUACAGGUGGAGGUGCUGUCCCUCAGGAUCAAGGAUAACCUGCAUCCACUCCAAUUCUGUGGAUUCUGAGGAGACUGAUGAGAAACCACAGUCUCUUCCACAGAUGGGGCAGGAGGAACUUGACAGAUGGGUGGAUGGGUUACUUGUGAUGCACUCAUUCCACUGAUUACAUUGGGCUCUGAUUUCUCCCAGCACGUACACGCAAGGUUCUCUUUGCCAUACCGAAUACUCCUUUGUUGGUUUGAGUAGUCAUGUGCCAGGGAUUCCCAGGAGUCAGUGGUGUCAACCAUAUGCAUAACAUAGUCUGCUCACCAGAGCCAAAUGAGUAUAGUUAGGGCCUCAGUGCUGGGGACGUUGGUCUAAGGUUGGUGGCAAAAAUAGCACUGGAGCAUCAACAGGCUGUAACCAUCCUGUCCUGCACUGGGAAGCACCUCCUUUCAUGAAGUAUUUUUAAAAUACAGAAUGCACUGUCCCUGUAGGUCCAUAUUUCAGCUUUUUAAAGAGCAGCAAUAUAGAAGAACUCAGGGAAAUGCAGACCUUAUACUGAAAAGGGACUACAGUGCAAGAUGCAGCAAACAGAAAUGAUGGAUCAGAUUCAUUGACAAGAAAGAAAACACACACGCUGUAAUACAUUUCACUGCCUUGUAUGCCCCAAUGAAAAACCAAUGAAGGGUUUUUGAAGUCAAAUACUGUAGUAAUGUAGGAAUACAGUGGGCCAAAAGCCUUCUGUACAUUUCAAUCAACGUAUUUGUGAUCUAAAGAAAUAAAAUGUUUCAGGGAUGAUUACCUUUGCCUGUAAGUUAACACUGACUUUCUGCUUGAGACUAAAAGAGAUCAGUUUGGUGGGGUACUUGCAAUAGUUGCACUAAGCAGAUGUCCUGGUUAAGGGAAUUUUUACACAGUUGUGUUUCUUUUCUUAUGUUCACCCUCCCCCACCCCCAAUUAUCUGUGAAUGUUCUGUCAACUAAAAUGAAAUAUCAUUGCUAAGAGAUGAUAUAGUUAAUAUUAGCAUUCCCAGAUAUAGCAUUGUUUUGAUGAAGUGUGGUUCUACUUUUGUGAAAGACAUAACCCUAUGAGGAUAAUUUCACUUAGUGCCAGAUGUGCAUAUUCUAUUACACUAAUGGGACAUUAUGCUUACAGUUCCUUGGGCUUGAUGGAUAGUUUGGACAUUCCAGUGCUAUGUGGUGGCUUUUUCACCAUACAGCUGUCUUGACUAAGAACCUGGUUGACUGUUUAAGUUGAAAACUGUCUGAGACAAGAGUUUCCUAUCCGGACUGUAGGGAAAUGGAAACAAUUUAAUUGUUCCCUUGCUAGUCAAUAGUACUCCUGUCAUUUAUGUCAGAAAGUCACAGGUCAGAGACUUAAGUAUGUCAUCUAGGUUGACAUUUCAGAGGUCAGAUGGAUGAAAAUAAAAUUUCACUGUGCCAUUUUUGAGUGAAGCGGGUAAAGUCCUUCAUGCCUGCCCAAUAUUUAUCCCUCACCAGUAAAACCAAAUAAUCUGUAUUUAUCAAUGCUAUUUUAGGAUUCUGCUGUGUGCACAUUCACUGCCAUGUAGAAACAGAUUUGACCUCUAACUUAUUUGAGAUGCAGGCAAAAUCUUGAGUGCAUUACUGGUGCCAAAAAUGUUUCAGUUUUCAUUUUGCUUAUUAAAGCUAAUAAUUUUACACGUAGAGAUGAAUAAUAAAAGUUCAAUGGAAUGUAUCAAUGUGGAAUAUUGCAGUUGGCUGAUGCUACAUUCUUUGUCCGUGUCUAGAUCCUCAUUUCUGAUACACAGAGUCAAGAACCUACAAAUUUAUUCAAAAUUAAAUGAAGUAUUAUGCGAGGAAUGUACUUGAAAAUCAGAGAAAUUGUUCUGUGUAAGAUCUUGGUUAGAUUAUACUUAGAAAGGCACACACAAAGUUUUGGCUUCCAAUUAUAAAGAAAAAAUGGGUAUAAAUUGGAAAAUGUGAAAAAAAUAACUUAAUUAGAUGAUACUCAAACUGUGAAGUUAUACCUACCAGGAAAGAUUGAACAGGCUGGGGUUUCAUUCUCUGGAAAAUUUUGAAAGGUUUUGGAGAGGAUACAGAGAAAUUGAUUCCUCUGGUGAAAGAGAUCAGCUGGAACAUUGACCAUCCCUUUGCCUUUACAGAUGCUGCAACAGAUACUAAGUUCUUCCAGCAGUGUUUUGAUUUAGAUCAGAAGUAAAGUCAAGACAAAUAGAACAAGGAGAAAAAUCACAGGGGCAUUCAAUAAUUCUCCUUAUACACCUUUCUUAAUGAUAAUAAUGGUAUUCAGCUGAUAGUCAAUAACCAUCUUAAUCAGUUAACAAAAGGUUUGUCUGCUUUCCAAAUAGUCAUUGGAAGGCAAGGGACUGUGAAAUGUAACAGAGUGAAUAAUCAAUGGGAUGGAAGGAUUUGGGGGCAGAGAAUUUGGAGGGAGGAAAUGUUAUAAGACCUCCAGUAAUGCAUCCAAUCAAAGUUGAUAUCCCUAGUCUCUACGCAAAUGGGAACUGUACGGAAGUCCAACACCAAAAGCAACUCUGGAUAAAGCUGUUCAAUCUACCUUGUCAUGGCCCUUGCACCUUAUUUGUCUAUCUGCACUGCACUUUCUCUGUAACUGUAACACUAUAUUCUGCAUUCUGUUAUUGUUUUUCUUUUUGUACUACCUUGAUGUACUUAUGUAUGGAUUGAUCUGUCUGAAUGGCAUGCAAACAAAGCUUUUCACUGUA